UUACCGCUGGCACGGUUCGAUCCCGUUCUCUUUCGUCCCCUACCCCUAUCCCGUUCUUUCCUGUUACCCUCUCCCGGUUCCCUUCUCUCUCCCAAGUCCCAACUCCCAUCUCGCCGGCUCGCCCGAUGCAGACCGAGAUCCCUUUCUCGCUCCCACCUCGCCCGACGCAGAGAGGAGCUCCUGCCGUAGCAACUGGGCGGAGGGAACCCCGUACCCGGGAGCGGCGGUCGCCGGGGCGGAGCUUGACGAAGCCGAGCGAUGGGCCGGCGUGGUGGCGGAGGAGCUCGGCCUGGAGCACGGCGGGGUCCAUCCGCGAGAGGUCCGGCGGCGGCGGCAAUUUCCGCACGGGCCUCGCGGCGCCCCAAUGCCGCCAGUCCUCGUCCUCCUCCUCGUCCACCACGUCGCGGAGGUCGUCCAGCGACGUCUCCGCUCUCGACGCCCGAGCACAGGAGGUCGGUUAAUGGGCUUCCAGCCCAGCCCAGGAACAAAGAAGAGCAGCACCGAACGAGUUUAGGAUUGGGAAGCUGGAUGGAUGGAUUUUGACAAGAGGCUUCCGAACACACCUCAGUAUGGGCUAUAUAGCCUCUAUGGCCAGAGAGUCAGCCAGAGGAGCAAAAGCUAGCCCGCGUAUUUGGUCCAGCCCACACCACCCAUCAUGGUGGAGAAGUCCAAAUUCGGGUCUCUCGCCUCCAACACGCGACCGGAUCCUCUUCGUCCGCCCUUGAUCGGACGGGCAUUCCGGCGUGCAAGCCACUCAACUCGGAACCAUAAAUACCAAGAGAGAGAGAGAGAGAGCAGAAAAGAUGGGCUCGGAGGGGCCGGGGCGUGGGCCUGAGAGGGACAUCGACGAUCUGCCGCGGAACGACGCCAACUACACGGCGCUGACGCCGCUCUGGUUCCUGGAGCGGGCAGCCCUGGCGCAGCCGGACAGGGCGUCGGUCGUCCAUGGCCCAGUCCGGUACACCUGGGCCGAGACCUACCGCCGGUGCCGCCGCCUCGCCUCCGCCCUGGCGCAGCGAUCGGUCGGCCACGGCAACACGGUUGCUGUGAUAGCUCCAAAUGUUCCGGCAACUUAUGAAGCGCACUUUGGUGUUCCAAUGUGUGGAGCUGUGGUGAACUGUGUCAACAUCCGGUUAAAUGCUGAGACGAUCGCAUUCCUUCUUGAUCAUUCCAUGGCAGAGGUUGUGAUGGUGGACCAAGAAUUUUUCACCCUAGCCGAAGAAUCGCUGAAGAUAGUGGCAGAGAGGAAGAAACAGGAAUUUAGGCUUCCAAUCCUUCUUGUUGUUGGAGAUCCAACUUGCAAUCCAAAGUCUCUACAGUAUGCGCUGAGACAUGGGGCCACUGAAUAUGAAGAGUUCCUGAAAACUGGUGACCCGGAAUUCAAUUGGAAGCCACCAAAGGAUGAAUGGCAGAGCAUUGCCUUAGGGUACACUUCUGGGACUACUUCAAGCCCAAAAGGUGUCGUUUUGCACCAUCGUGGCGCAUAUCUCAUGGCGCUCAGUGUCGCUAUGGUGUGGGGAAUGCCGGAAGGGGCUAUUUACCUGUGGACUUUGCCCAUGUUCCAUUGUAAUGGUUGGUGUUACACUUGGGCAUUGGCUGCCCUCUGUGGAACCAGCAUAUGUCUUCGCCAGGUGAGCACAAAGGCUAUAUACACCGGCAUCGCAAAACAAGGAGUCACACAUUUCUGUGCUGCACCUGUCGUCAUGAAUAACCUCAUAAACGCUCCUGCAAGUGAAACCUUUCUGCCACUCCCCCGUGUGGUAAACGUCAUGUUGGCGGGAGCUGCCCCGACACCAUCUCUUCUCGCUGCCCUGUCUAUCCGUGGUUUUCGUGUCACGCACACUUACGGUCUGUCGGAAACCUAUGGCCCGUCGACAGUGUGCGCGUGGAAGCCGGAGUGGGACAAUCUGCCACUGGAGGAACGUUCCCUUCUGCAUUGUCGACAGGGCAUCAGAUACACUGCACUGGAAGGCCUGGACGUCGUUGAUCCCAAAACAAUGGCCCCUGUCCCAGCUGACGGCAAGUCCUACGGUGAGAUCGUCAUGAGGGGCAACGCUGUCAUGAAGGGCUAUCUGAAGAACCCCAAGGCUAACGCGGAGGCGUUUGCGCAUGGCUGGUACCACUCUGGUGACCUCGGUGUGAAGCACCCCGACGGGUACAUAGAAGUCAAGGACCGGAUGAAAGACAUCAUCAUCUCCGGCGGGGAGAACAUCAGCACCCUGGAGAUCGAGAAAGUGCUGUACAUGCACCCCGAUGUCCUCGAGGCCUCGGUCGUUGCCAGGGCUGACGAGAGAUGGGGAGAGUCGCCAUGCGCAUUCGUUACACUGAAGGAAAGUGCUGACAGUUCGGACGAAGCAGCCCUGGCGGGCAACAUCAUGAAGUUCUGCCGUGAGAGGAUGCCGGGCUACUGGGUGCCAAAGUCGGUCAUCUUUGGGCCGUUGCCGAAGACUGCGACAGGGAAGAUAAAGAAGCACGAGCUGAGGGCAAAGGCCAAGGAGCUUGGCCCUGUGAAGAAGAGCAGGAUGUGAACUGAUCUGAUGCUGAGAUGUACACAUGUAUAGAGAUCGUGAAUAAGACCAGGGUUUGUGCUUCGGGACUUCGGGAUAAUUCCCGCUUGAUAUGACUUGCGUGCACAAGUCGUUCCCCGCCCCCCAGAGAAGCUUUGAUUGAUGUGCUGGUUGUGUUGUUUGGAUAGAGAUCUGAGUAUGAUUCAAGCUGUGUUUAUAGUCUCUGAUGUGAUCUCACGCCGAAACUGAGCAAAUAAUGUGCUAAACUGCUAGUAAUUUCGAGGCCGUUCUUUUGUUUCUCGAUGAAUCAA